AUGCUUUCUCAGAUCACCAUUAUCGCUGCUUUGUACUCCUUGGUCGCCGCCGACGCCGCUGGGGCCAUUAGCUCUCUCCAGAGCAUCGUCGAGGACCUUGAUUCGAAGGUUCAGUCAUGGGACUCUGCUGCCGGUCUUCAGGGUGCCCUUGUCAUCCAGGCUGAUAUCCCCAGCUUGACUGAUGCCGUUGCUAAUUUGAGCUCUGAGCUCCCCAGCAGUGUCGAUAACGACCAGGCCAAGACCCUUGUUUCCAACUUGGCUCCUCUGGGUGCUGCGAUCUCUGCUCUGCUCAACGACCUUGCCAACAAGGCCAAUGACUUCCAGAGUGUUGGCGCCACCGAAAUCGUCAAGGGUGACAUUAGCGAGUUGGCCUCCCCCGCCGCUGAUGUCGUCUCCAAGGCUAUUAAUGGUCUCCCCACUGAUGCUGACAGCGAUGUUCUCGGCUCCGCCUCCAGCAUCGUUAGCGUUGUCUCUGCUGGUUUCUCCACCGGUGCUGAGGCUUUCGGUGCUCCUACCGUUGCUUGGCCCGUUGUCAACGUCGGCGAUGCUUCUGCCGCUGCUUCUGGUGCUUCUUCUGCAGCUGCCUCUGGUGCUUCUUCUGCUGGCUCCGCUGCCGCCUCCGAUGCUGCCUCUUCUGCUGGCUCCGCUGCCGCCUCCGAUGCUGCCUCUUCUGCCGCCAAGUCUGAUGCCGCCGUCACCUCGGCUGCCGAGACCUCCUCUGCCGCUAAGUCCUCUGCCAAGUCUUCCAGCGCUUCUAACUCUACCAAGACUUCUUCUAAGAGCUCCUCCUCUUCCUCCUCCGACAAGUCCUCUAACGCUGCCGUCUUGACCACUUACGGUGUCGGAGCUGCCCUCGCCGGCGCUGUUGCCAUGCUUUUGUAA